GCGGCCCAGCUGCGCUCAGGGGCGAAGGGCAGGCCCUCUGCAUGUAUCGCAGAAGCACUGUUGCUGCUGCUGCUGCCGCCCCCUCCUCCUUCUCGGGGGUGGCGGGGCUGAGCCCCCCCCCUUGCGUGACAUCGAAGGUCCCGCGUGGGAAGGAAGCCGUGCGCGGCGGGGGCGGAGCCUAUUUGAACCCUCGUCGCCUGGCUCCUCCCUCCAGGAAGGGCUUCUGAAGCGGCGGCGUUGUCGCCCCACACCCUCCCCGCGAGGUGGGAAAUGCGGCCGGCCUGCUCAGGAGGCUCCUGGAUCCUUACAGCCAUAAUGGAUGAUUUAAACCUGCACUACAGAUUUCUGAACUGGAGGAGAAGGAUCCGGGAGAUCCGAGAGGUGCGAGCUGUUCGCUACCAAGAAAGGUUCAAACAUAUCCUUGUUGAUGGAGACACAUUAAGUUACCAUGGAAAUUCUGGUGAAGUCGGCUGCUAUGUUGCUCCUCGCCCACUGACCAAAGACAACAAUUAUUUUGAGGUGUCAAUUGUGGACAGUGGUGUGCGAGGGACCAUUGCAGUGGGGCUGGUGCCUCAGUAUUAUAGCCUGGACCAUCAACCCGGAUGGCUACCGGAUUCAGUUGCCUACCAUGCCGAUGAUGGCAAACUUUACAAUGGCCGAGCCAAGGGCCGUCAGUUUGGGACAAAAUGCAGCUCUGGGGACCGGAUUGGCUGUGGGAUUGAGCCAGUGUCUUUUGAAGUCCAGACAGCUCAAAUAUUCUUCACCAAAAAUGGAAAGAGGGUGGGCUCCACUAUAAUGCCACUUUCCCCAGAGGGGCUCUUCCCAGCUGUGGGAAUGCACUCACUUGGGGAAGAGGUCAGACUCCAUCUUCAUGCGGAGCUGGGCAACGAGGAAGAGGACGACAGCAUCAUGAUGGUGGACAGCUAUGAGGAUGAAUGGGGCCGACUGCACGAUGUGAAAGUGUGUGGCACACUCUUGGAGUACGUGGGGAAGGGGAAGAGCAUAAUUGACGUGGGUCUAGCUCAAGCUCGGCAGCCGCUAAGUACCAGGAGUCACUACUUUGAAGUUGAGAUCGUAGAUCCAGGAGAGAAAUGCUACAUUGCACUGGGCUUGGCUCGAAAGGACUACCCAAAAAACCGGCAUCCUGGCUGGAGCAGGGGAUCUGUGGCCUACCAUGCAGAUGAUGGCAAGAUCUUUCAUGGGAGUGGAGUGGGUGACCCCUUUGGGCCUCGCUGCUACAAGGGAGACAUUAUGGGCUGUGGGAUCAUGUUCCCGCGUGACUACAUCCUUGACAGCGAAGGUGUUCUUCACGCGCAAUGGGAAGAUUAUUGGCAAGAAAGACGCUGUGGUGCCGUCUGGGGGCUUUUAUCCCACUAUUGGGAUGCUGAGCAGUGGAGAGAAGGUCAAGGUAGACCUGCACCCACUCAGCGGCUGAGAAUGAAGGGGUGGGGGGAGCCUUUCCCUGGGACUGGCCUGUGGUUCAGGUUGUUCUCUGUUGGACUUCCAGCCUCUGCCUCCAGGGGCAGCAUUUUGUUUGUGGGGCCAUAUAGAUAUCUGUCUAGCUAACACCACCUGAGGCCACCUAUCUUGGUCCCCCCCCCAAUAAUCCUAUGUGAUUGCAGAUACUUUUGGCCUCCUUGUACCAUUGCUGGAUCAAUCCUGAGGCUCUUGUUCCCAAGCAGGUCUGGGAUUAAUUACUGGGACAGUGUCCCGCGCUCUUCCCAAUCACAAUGUUCCGAGUCUGUGUGGCUCUCGCUUCUCAGCUUUUGAAAGAGGGGCUGGGAUAUGGCCUGGCCUCGUUGCACUCUGAAUGCAACGGGGCCCUGUUUUGCGAUGGAACAGCACAGCGACGCUUUACCACUCCUGUGCACCAUAUUGCAUCAGACAUUUGUUGCCCCUCCCCAGCUGCAGGCCAGCCCCACAACAUCUUGCCUUUCUGGUUUCCCUGCAAAUCCCUUUGCCACUUUUUAAUGCACACUUGGUGAAAAUCUUUCUUGGACUGUAUUUCCCAUGUGUGUUGUGUGCACCUUCCUGUCACAUCACUUGUUUAAAGGAGGCGGCCUUCCAUCCAUGCUGAACUCCCUUCCUAGUGCCAGUCUGGAGGUGUGUUGUGAGGGCGCCCUGCCUUCUUCCCAGCUCCCUUUCCUGAGCCAUUGAGAUCCCUCAAAUAAUUGAUGCUGGACCCUGGAAGGGUGGUGCUUGUCCUGGGUGCAAUGCUGCUGCAAACCUGUACUGCUGCUACUGCCAUUUUGUGAGUGGGAGCAAGCAGAGAUAUGGGACGUGAUUGUAAAGCAUUUUCUCUUCCUCCUCCUCAAGUUAAUGAGGCUGGCCCUUGAUGUGUAGGCCUGCCCUUGUCUUCCUUUGAUCUCUAGGUCUAUUGUCCUCUGCGUUGUGCUUGCUGUCUUGUAACCUUACCUGUUUUGGCUCUGAGGUUAUUCAAAGGCUCUUCAGAAGUGUAAGAAUCUGCCAUGAUGUCACUUGUGUAGGUGUGGCUAAUCUAUGGCACAAGAUCCUUCAUCCUUGGGGGCGGUAAACAGGGGAAGGGCAGGCCCCUACACUAGCCCCCCUGGCACUGUUGCUGCUAUUAGUUUUCUCAGAAGCUGGUGGUCCUGCAAAUAGUUGCACUGGCUCCCUCUUGUGGUCCAGUUACCUGGCUUUGUUGCAAUUGUACUGUUUUUCAAUAGGUGGGUUGGGAACAUAAGCAUCCCUUUGUGGUUCGUUCUUGCUUGAAUGUUGAUGUUGUGCCAGCAACCACACCAGACUCUUUGGAAAUGUGACAGCACCUUCAUCUUCAACCUUAAUCCAUGCUGCUGUUGCAGACUUCCACUAGUGGCUGCUUUCUAUCACCAAAAUAACCUAAUACUUGAGUGGGAUGCCAGUGAGAGAGAGUUCAGCAAGCUUUGCUGUUGCAAUCCUUGGAGAGAGCCAAAAUACUGUCACCCUGCACCCUGUUUGUGCAGCCUGCUCUUGGGCUGUGUGAGCUGACGGUUGUCUGGUCUGAACAGAGCCUCCUUCUCUCCAGCUCUGCAUGGCACCGGUUCCUGCUGCAUCGCUGUAGAAAGAAUCUUUAUACAUCCAAUAAAGUUGAAAUGUCCAUAUUUAUCCAGCACUGAAAUAA